CGUUAUCUUUCAAUGCCCCUGCCCGAAGGGGGAGCUCUAAAUUUGGCUCAAUUUGGUUGCCUUUUGCUGUCACUACCCUCUUUUCGGCUUCGUUCUUUUUCCUCCUCCUUGUGUGUUCUUCGCAAGAAACCUCCUUGAAAAGGUGGAAUCCCGCUUCCGCUGUAGUCCGGCCCUCAAGACCACGGCUAUUCCUAUACCGAGAUAUUUGAAUAUACCGAGAACAAUCCGACAAGUUUAAGUCAUGUCGUCAACGCGAACACAGAGCAUCGAGCUCAGCAACAUUUCGCACCGCUCACAGCAACCAGAGGAGGACCAUGUUCAGCUGAAUGAGUCGUCCCUUGCACCGGUGGACCGUGGAUUCGACGCUUGGUCUUUCCUCCUAGCUGCAUUCGUUGUCGAAGGAGUCGUAUGGGGUUUCCCGGACUCCUUUGGUGUCUUCCUUGAUAGCUACCUCUACGAUCCGAAAUUUAUGAACCAGCCCCAUGCAUCCAGUUUACUUCCUCUCAUUGGGCCUCUGUCGUCGGGAAUGAUUUUCUGCUCUGGUCCUCUAAUUUUCCCCAUCAACAUACGGUAUCCAUAUUAUCGCCGUACAAUGAUGUGGAUCGGCGUAUUCCUCUGCGGGGCGAGUCUCUUUGGGGCUAGUUUCGCCACUAAGGUACCAGUCCUAAUUGGCCUACAAGGCAUUCUCUAUGCCAUCGGUGGAUCGCUCCUGUACGCCCCUUGUAUAUCUUACAUGACGGAAUGGUUUGUGAUGCGGAGGGGUCUUGCAAGCGGUGUCAUCUUUGCUGGAACCUCGGCUGGUGGAUUGAUCCUCCCUCUCGUAUUGCCCACCCUCAUCUCUCGCUACGGAUCGGCCAAGGCUCUCCGAAUCAUCUCCAUCGUGCUUACAACGAUUCUCAUACCAAUUGUCGCAUCAGUCAAGCCUCGACUCCCUGAAUCUAGAAAUCGCGCUCAAAUAAUGCCUCCUCGCUCACGCGACUGGAUGAGUAGCACCACCUUCUGGGUUCUUCUUGCUGUCAAUACCGUCCAGGGCCUUGGUUACUUCGUGCCUGUUGUAUGGCUUCCUACUUUUGCACACGAAAUGAACCUAAGUAGUACCAGCUCUUCGCUGGCUGUUGCACUUUUGAAUGGUGCUUCUCUACUCAGUCGUUUGUCCCUAGGUUACCUAGCGGACAGACUAAACCCAUGGCUCCUCGCGUUGUCAACACUAACUUCGACAUCAAUUGCUACAUUUAUCCUCUGGGGCCUUCUCUCACGGAACCUUGCCGGACUUAUAUCAUUCGGUAUUGCCUACGGUGUUCUCGCUGGGGGGUGGAGUAGUUUGUGGACAGGAUUAAUUGCUCCCAUCGCUAAAGAAGACCCGAACCUGGUGACGUACUUAAUCGGAUAUCUCAUGCUUUCGCGAGGAGUAGGCAAUAUUUUAUGCACGCCAAUCUCGUCCACGCUGGCUGCGGCGUCGCAAUCUGCCGUUGGCAAGGUGACUACGGGAUUUCAAGUUGCGGGAGGAAGAUUUGAGAGUAUGAUUUUGUAUGUGGGGUCGUGUUUUGCGGGUGCUGCAGGGGUUGCACUCUUGGGAUGGGCACUAGACGCAAGAGCAGGCCGCGCUCGAAGUCGUGCAAGUUAGAUGAAUGUGUCACCUACCAAAUCGUACGCUGAUUGUACAGGAAGUUUUGGCUUAUGUGCUUUUACCUCAAUUACAAAGUCUUUGUUCCAUGCGCCACUUUCCUUCCAAUCGUACACUGGAACCGCGUUGUGUCCGCUUCACUGAUCUAUGUUUUUUUUUCGGUUUCCA